GUUUAGAAGGUACUAGGAGAGAAACGGCGAAAGGUCUGAUUGUUGGUGACGGACUGGAAAACUUUGUGGGAAAGAUGUCUAAUGAGAUUGAUUUCAGAUCCGUGCGCCUUCUGAAGAAUGACGGGAUGGGCUUUCAGAAAUAUUCCUACGUCAAUGAAGAUGAGGCUUGGAAGAGCUACCUAGAGAAUCCCCUGACGGCAGCCACCAAGGCUAUGAUGAGGGUAAACGGAGAUGAUGAUAGCGUGGCUGCCCUGAGUCUCCUCUAUGACUAUUACAUGGUUCCGAAGGAAAAGAGGAUCCUUCCAUCAGGAACGAUGGGACGCAAUGAACUUGGGAAGAGACACUGCCAUGGGAUGGAAUAUGAACCAGAGAUUUCAUCCUUUGAAAGUUCUGCUCAUCUCAUGAAGCUCCUGGCUGAAAAUGUCUCCAUGAACCAGGAAUAUUCUGACGUGCCCAAGAAGAAUGGCUUGGGCUUGGACAGCAUCCCUCCUCCUCACAAGCCACCCGCGCUGCCGCCUGGCACCAGCAAGCUAGAGACCAGUCCGGACAGCUACAUGAUAAAUUCAGGGGACGUCUAUGACAAUGGCUCGCUCAAUUCUCUCUUUGACGCGAUCCACGUAGCCCCUCCACAACAGAGAUGGCAGCCAGACAGCACCUACAAAGACGACCCUCAGGAGUCAGUGAUCUUCAGUGAUAUUCUCAAGUCCCAGACAGAAGCACCAUGUUCAGAGGCAUACUCCACUGAGGAUUCUAAGAGUGACUUUGAAUAUACAUUGGGAUCCCCCAAAGCAAUUCACAUCAAAUCGGGUGAUUCGCCCAUGGCCUACCUCAACAAAGGGCAGUUUUACCCAGUUACUCUGAGGACUGUUGGAGACGCCAAAUGUUUACACUUGACUUCGAAUAAAGUGAAGAGUGUUGUGAUGGUUGUUUUUGACAAUGAAAAGAUCCCAAUGGAACAGCUCAAGUUUUGGAAGCACUGGCACUCCCGCCAACCCACAGCCAAACAAAGAGUCAUCGAUGUUGCUGACUGUAAAGAGAAUUUCAAUACCGUGCAACAUAUUGAGGAAGUGGCCUACAACGCCUUGUCGUUUGUAUGGAACAUUCACGAGGAAGCAAAGGUGUUUAUUGGGGUGAACUGCCUGAGCACAGAUUUCUCCUCCCAGAAAGGUGUGAAGGGUGUCCCUUUGAACCUCCAGAUAGACACCUACGACUACAGCACCGGGACAAACAGACUGGUCCACCGAGCUGUCUGUCAGAUCAAAAUAUUUUGCGAUAAGGGAGCAGAAAGAAAAAUGCGAGACGACGAACGCAAACAGUUCAGGAGGAAGGGGAAAUGCCUAGAUGCGAAUAAUAAUGGUCUGAAAAGCUGUUUGGUUUCAGGCUUCCGAGGCAAUGAAAUCACAUACCUCAAGCCCCAGACAGACUUGGAAACCCAGCCUGUCUUGUUCAUCCCAAAUGUCCAUUUUCCAAACCUCCAGAGAUGUGGAACGCAGGCAUUACCUACAGCUGGUGUUCCUCAUGACCCUACGAGGUUACCCUUGAAGCGGAGCUGCCCUUCAUUCACAGAUGAAUUUGAAACUUUAGCUUCAAAACACGCGAAGGAAGAAGACCCUCAGCGAGUCUUGCUCUACGUGCGGAGGGAAUCGGAGGAGGUUUUCGAUGCUCUCAUGCUGAAGACGCCAGACCUGAAAGGUCUGAGGAAUGCUAUUUCAGAAAAAUAUGGUUUGCCUGAAGAGAGCAUCUACAAAGUGUACAAGAAAUGCAAACGAGGAAUCCUAGUUAAUAUGGACAACAACAUCAUCCAGCACUACAGCAACCACAUGGCCUUUUUACUGGACGUGGUGGAGGCUGAAGACAAGUUCCAAGUGACCCUCAAGGAGCUCUAAGGACUCUGAAGGCUGUGCGGCUGUCGAAAUGUCGCUUACAAAGCUGAGGAGUUCAACACACACACACCCCAGCCCAAACCAUCGACUCCGUGUGUUGGACAAACACAAUCCCAUUAGAGGGCGAGAGAAAGAGAGAGACUCGGUUGCAGGGCUGUGGUUGCUAAGAGGCCCUCCUUACAUCAUCCAUGCUCAAUGUGAAUGUGGAACUUCUCUCUGUGGAGUUGUUGCUGAUAUUUUAUACCUUAUUAUUAAUUAUAAUUAUUAAUACACACCUCUACCAGGCCAUGCAUUCUGACCUCUUUCAAAGUCCCAUACUCUGAAACUGAUGCAUUCUUUCAGGUAGUUGCCGAGGCAGAUGAAAGAUAUGAUGAUGGCUGUUGGCCUCUGGCUCUCGUGGCUUGGUAGGUAAAAAAAAAAAAAGAGGACCUACCAGUCAUGCAAAACCAUCAAAUUGGAUCGAAUAAGACUGGCAGAACUGCAUCCGAUCAUUGCCAAAGACACACACAUACACACACAUACACACACACGAUCUCAGUGCCUUACUCCUUGCCUUUCCAACUGGUUGUAAAUAUCCCCAAGAAGAAGCACCUGGAGAAAGUGACUGUUUUAUACAUUUCCAAUUUCCUUUUAGUAUUUUAUAAAUAUAUAUAUAUAUAUAUAAAGGUGUGUGUGUGUGUGUAUGUAUAAAUAUAUUUUGUUUUAUACUGAACACAAAUGGAGGAAGUUAGAGCAUUUCAAAACCAGGCUGCUUCACAUUUCCCCAGUGAAUUUGUUUGAUUGUGGGUUUUUGUCUCUGUUUUGUUCAUUUUUGUAACUUUGUUUUGUAUAUUCCAUGGUAAUAAAAACUCAGAGACAGGAAAAAA